CUCUCCUGAUUUUUCAAGGGAAAGCAAUUUUCAAAGAACUUGUGGCCAAUUCAUACUUUCUCCAUUACUAGCCAUAUUUUAAUACAUUUUCAUUUGGCAGAUGCAGGCAACCCCCGCUUAGCACUCUUAAUUGGUUCCUGAAAAAACAAGCGUUAAGCGAAACCAAAAGUUUUUGAUGACCCAAGAUGGCGACCGCGAGCGUUAUAAUGAAAUUCGCCGAGCACCAAGUGGAAUCAGGUAUCAAUUUAAAAGGAACGUUAUAGCGAAACAGUGCUAAGCGGGAGUUGCCUGUACAUGAAAAUGAGCUUCAAAGAAUGUAAUUACAGUAAGCAUCUAUUAUUUACCAUAACUACACUAAAAUCCUCCUGUUCUAUAGUCUGACUGCCUUAGCUGGAUUCUGCUCUGGGUUGCAUAAAAAAUUGCAUGGUAGAAGGACAGAAAUAUUUGGGCCUUAAGUUUCUUGUGUUUCCUUGCAAACAAUUCCACUCUGAAAUAUAAGGGGAGAAGAAAUAAUUAAUUUCUUGUUUUUUAGUGUUACCUUUAAAUAGUUCUGAGAAUAUGAAAAUGCAUCAUACAAUGGAAGUGUGUUGAGAUCUCUCUGGGGGAGAAUUUGAGGGUUUUCUGACAAGUGCAAAACAGUGGGAGGAGGAAAAAGGGGAUAUUUUUAGGAAGUAUUUGAAAGAAUGCUUCUCUGUCCAUGAAGCUGACCUCACCAGAGAAAUGAGGAGAGAGAAGUAGCAAAUGAGGAAGUUCACCUGUUCCACUUGGCAUCAGAAGAGUCCUGACAAGCCCCUGACCCAGGGAAUACUAUUGCAAUGGCUGUAGAAGAUGAUUUGAUUUUUGAAAGCUUCUUGAAGAAAAGAAAAGAUAAAUUGAAAUUGACAUGGACAAAGUACUGGUUCCGACUCCAAAAUACCACCCUCUUCUUCUUCACUAAGAAACAUGGAGAUGCAUCGUACCUCCGUGGACAGUACUCCAUCCACACAAUGAAGGCGGUGUGUGAGACCCAAGCUAUGAAUGUUGAUUACCGCUUUAAAAUCAUAAUGAAAAACGGGAAGAAGAAACUCUUGUCUGCAGAAUCUGCUGAUUUACGUGCUACCUGGAUUAAAGUCUUGUGGAGAUCAAUGCAUCUUCUGGGGCCUGAUGGAGAAGAGACAGCUUGCAUGUGUUAUGAUGUACCUGUUGUGAUGGCAAGAACUCAAAUUAUUACAGAUGGUAAAAAAGAAAGUCUCUAUGACACCAUACUGUGUGCUGAGAGCUUUGGUGAAACAUCCAGAACUAAUAACUUUUUAGUAUCAGAGGAGACCAUGAAAACUAGAUAUGGACAUACUUCAAAUUAUAAUGAAAGGAGCUCACCUCAUUACAGAGCUCCAAAAAUGGAGCCUUUGGAGGACAACCCUGACAAUGAGACCAAUCACAACUCUAAUAAAGAUGAAACUUCUGUUAUUUAUGACAUUCCACGUUCCAGGAGGAAGGAAAUCAAAGCUAGUAAUGAUACAGGGAAAAUCAGCGGAGAUGCUAAAGAAGAGCCUGGAACAGUUGUUUGGGCUUUCUCCUGAUGCGCUGUAUGAACAGAGUGAUCCAUAGCUUGAUGCCAGCAGUAUCACCUCAGAGAGGAAGAAUUUGUGUCCUAAAGUCUUCAGAAGAAACUGUUGGCUGCUAGGAAAGAAAAACCAGUUAAUCUUAAACGAGCUUCUGUCCCUUCAUCCAUCCUUGGCAAUGUUCCAUUCCAGAAGUCCUCUUUUGGCAAAGCUGGCCAAGUAGUUGCCUUGCUUUCCACAAGAAGUUUCCAAUCUUGGAUUGCUGUUGCUGUUCAGGUGUUUGCUCCCUGUUUGGGUGAAUAUUUUGGUAUUAAUUGAAUGUGCCUUAUACAGAUUUUUUGACGAGCAUUAAAAGAUAACAUGUGUUUCCAUGGUAACAACUGAAUAUAGCUUCUUGAAAUACCUGACCUGCUAUUCCUGGCACCUGAGCUCCUGCAGAAAGAAACAAGUGCUCAGUUAUAACUCAUUGCUACUUGUGAGGAAUGUUAUAUUGAGGGGCAGAAGACCCUGAAAGCAUCCAGGUAAUUGCAGUUAUGAACCUCACUCACAUGGAUAGAGAGAGUGACAGUGGCAGUCUUCAAAUCUGGUAGGAUGCUUUCUUAAAGUACAGCUGAGCAUUGAUAUAGCAAAGGAGAUAUACAGACAGCACCAUUGACCAGAUUGUCAGCUGGUGUAGACAGACUAACCUUCAUUGACUUCCAUUCAGUCAGUGGAACUAGGCCAGUUGAUGCCAGCAGUGGCUCUCGUCUCUUCCAGCACCAGACAAACAAUCCAGACAAGUGCAUGUAAUACUAAUGGAGUGUGAAAGGCUUUUAACCUGUGAAGACCUGAACUGCCAGCUCUCUGUUACUGUGUUGUUAACAUCUUUGUGACAUCCUCAACAUGGCUUCCUGUACUCUGGUCCUGUCAGGUAAUUCAAGACCAAUUAGCUGAAAAUCUCAGCUGUACACAGACUGCUUAUUUUAAUGCAACUCAUGUUAGUUGGUAGUGCCCACCUGGGUGACAAGCCUUACUGAAAAAGGACAGAUAUUGAAGGGGGAA